GUAUGUUGUCACAGCAAUUCUAUUGAUCAAUCUUUCACAAUAAUCUUCUCGCAGCUGUCAAACUUACAUUUGAAUUACAUUGCUAUUAGAACUUUGUCAGAUCAUGGACUGAAAUAUGGAGGUGCAAUACGUUUAUCAGAAGAAAAGGGCUGAAUUUGGUAGGCAAUGUUUGUUUUCGGACAAAGGACCCGAGCUUAUCGACAAUUUCCCACCGGAUCGCAAUUUACUUCGAGAAUAUCUCUUGAGAGAUCCAGUAAACAAAUCCCAACAGGGUGUUCCACAAUUCGCAGCUCAUGAGCUCAAUACCACAAGAGCCGAAUUUACCAAUGGCCUUAUGAACCACGUGGAAGGCGGCUGGCCAAAGGAUGUCAAUCUUGCCGACGAAGAACAGACCAAAAGGUACAGGCGAAAGGUGGAAAAAGAAGAGAACUACGCCCAUACCCUCAUGGGUCUUUGCAAGAGCAUGGAGAACUGCGUCCUUCAGAACAACGCCAUCAACAUCUAUCAGCAGUAUUUCUCUGAUGUAGAGCCCACGCCUUUAGUGGAAAAGAGCACAGCAAGAACCGUUAACGUGUUUCAAGAUCAAGUAACGUCAACGAGGCCGAUAACGCAUAUUUCUUGGUCCCCAGAUGGACAAACUAAGAUUGCUAAUUCGCACUGCAAUCUCAUUUUUCAAGCCCCCAUCAGCAGCGAUUCAACAUACUCCUUUAUUUGGGAAAUCGAAAAUCCAAACAAACCGUACCACAUUUUCAAACCGGUACAUCCGAUGGUAUGUUUGGAAUAUCAUCCCAAAGAUCCGCAUUCCUUGAUCAGCGGCCAUCUGAACGGACAGGUAAGCGUUUGGGACAUCAGAAAAGGCUUCGAUCCUGUUGGUACCAGCAUUAUGGAGACCAGUUUUCGAGAUCCGGUAUCGAGGGUUUGCUGGAUUUACACCAAAUCGGGUACUGAUUUUUUCAGCGGUUCCACAGAUGGACAGGUCAAAUGGUGGGACGCGCGCAAUCUGACGGAACCGACAGAAACACUGAUCCUACACCAUGCGAAAGACGAGGAUCAAUCAUUGUCGAUGGCAGCGGGUGCGUCCUGCCUGGAAUACGAACCCACGAUACCCACUAGGUUCAUGGUGGGCACAGAAUUGGGUUACGUCAUCUCCGGAAAUCGUAAGGGGAAGACGGCCAUCGAAAAGAUGACGUCUAGGUAUUACGCGCACCUAGGACCCGUCUUGGCUUGCCAAAGGAACCCCAAUUUCAUCAAGAACUUCCUCACGAUCGGAGACUGGACGGCCAGGAUCUGGUCCGAAGACUGCAAGGAGAGCUCCAUCAUGUGGACUUGUUAUCACAAGGCCCUUCUGACGGACGGUGCGUGGAGUCCGACAAGGUUAUCCUCUUUCUUCACCACUAGAAGUGACGGCGUAUUAGACGUUUGGGAUAUUCUCCAGCAGCAAAGAGAGGCUUCUAUGUCUGUUAAAGUUUGCGACGAACCUUUGACACGAAUCAGAACACACGACAGUGGUAAAAUGGUGGCAAUAGGCAAUCAAAAAGGGACCGUCUAUCUGGUGGAAUUUUCUGACAAUCUAGCUUCGAGCAAUAAAAACGAUAAAAUGCUUCUUACGGCGAUGUUCGAACGCGAGGCGAAAAGAGAGAAAAUCCUGGAGGCUAGGAACCGCGAAAUACGCCUCAAAGCGAGGACGAAAAGUUCUGCGCAUGUCAUCGAGGACGAGGCGGAAAAGGCCGAAACGGCUGUAAAGGAAGGCGAGGAAGAGGCCGAGAAGGAUCCCUACUCUGACGAGUACGUCGUCGCGGCCGAAGAGGACUUCUACAAAAUCAUCAACAAGGAGCUUCAGAAGGACAUGCCGAUUCCUGAAGAACCGCCGCAGGAAGAACCUCCCCCACCAGAACCGGAGCCUGAACCGCUUCCACCACCACCGCCCCCGCCAGAAACGAAGAAAAAGGGGAAAGGUAAGAAGAAGGGUAAAAAAGGAAAGUAGUACAGUGUAGAAUCAGCACCAUGUUAACCAUGUUUUUUACGUGUAAAUAUAUAUUUUUUAGUUCUUG